AAAAAUGCCACAGCAUGAAUUGUCAGCUACCGCGCUGAGCGACGACGGCUCAUCCACGGAAAGCGAAUGCUACGACAAGGAACUCCUCGAGUUGGCAGCAAGCGUCCACGACGAGAACCACGACCACAACCUGACGCCAGAUUUAACCACUGGCGUGAAAGUGGAACCAGUCGAUGUCUGCCCACCAGUCAAAUCGGAAAACGCCACAGCGACUGAUGAGGCCAAACCGAAGGCAAAAGCGACCUACAACAAGUGCAAUCGAUGCCGACGCAAACUGCCAAUUAUCAAUGAGAAGGAUCAGACGGCGGUGCAAGAAGGGAAAGCAAAAACUAAACGCUGUGUCUGCUGCUGCGAGAGUUUUCCGCUAAGUAAAUUCAGUAUGGCGAAUCGCAGCUCGACACGGGCGAUUCCAAGAUGUCGCUCUUGCAGCCAAGCGCCCUCAAACAUAUUGCAAAAACUCAGAGAGAUUCCGGAAUAUGUGGAGGCUGUUGCUGCUGAGAAGCAAAUGAUCAAGGAAGAGAGAAGCAAAAAUCAAACUAAAUUGCCACCGUUCGAACGCAAGACAAUGAAGCAGCGAUAUCAGGAACAAUUUCAACUGGUAGGAGGCAAAACGGCGAGAGAGCGACGACUAGCUCAUCGUGAGGAAGAGAAGAAGAAGCGUCUGGCUAAUUUCCAACGCAAACGACGAGAAAACAAGACAAAAUAGGUUAACCUCGGUUAUUUAGGUGUGUCGCGCUUUUGAUCGCAAGUUAAAUCUUCGAAGUACGCAGUGUUCUGGCGGCACAUCAAGUUUUAUGGUGGUUGUGGGUUCUUUUUUGCUAGUAUACUAAGUGCUCAUUUAAUGAAUCAUAGUUCACACAGUUGAA